UCUCAAAACGAGGACGCGUACAAGGACUACAUGUUCGUGAAUUCUGACAAAGACAAUGCCAGGGACACAGAGACGCUCAUUUUGGCCAAAGACAGCGGCAAGCAGUUCAGCAGGACUGUUGGAGGAGGUUCGCUCUCGGGCGAUUCCAUCCAGAAGGAGAAGCUCGUCACGGGCUACGUCGACGGAGCUCAGCUCAAAGCAGGAACGGGAAACGCUUACUAUGGCUCAUCGGGGGUUUUAAUGAAAGACAAAGGCACACAUGCACAGCUCCGUAAGAAGGGCGGCGCUUGUGGUGGCGGCUGGUGCUGCUGCUUUGACGCCUGUUGCUCGUGGUGGAAGUGGUUGCUGGCGUUCCUGCUCCUCUUCCUGCUCCUGCUCGGACUCCUCUUCGGCCUCAUUGCGCUGGCUGAAGACGUGAGAAAGCUGAAGAAUCGUGUAGCCACAUUGGAGAGCGAGUCGGCCAUCAUCUCUGCUCGCACCAGUCGUCUGGUGGGUCUCGGCGACAACACCUUCGUGGGCGGCGGGGGCCAAUCCGGCCCGGGCAUAUUUGUGUUCGGCGGAGGAGGCUCGGACUCUAGUUCUGGAACGCAAAUUGACGUUGCUGUCGGUGCCGGAGGUGGCUCAGCUGGGAGUGCGGGUGCCAGUGCAGGAGCUGGGGGCGCUGGUGACGCCAGUGGUACUACCGUGGGUGGUGCUGCUGGAGCCGGUGGUGCUGCUGGAGCCAGUGGUGCCGCUGGAGCCGGUGGUACCAGUGUGGGUGGCGCUGGAGCCAGUGAUACCAGUGUAGGUGGCGCUGGAGCUAGCGGUACUGUUAUAGGUGCUGGUGGAGUCACUGGAACCGGUGCGAGUGGUAGCGCAGGCACCAGCUUAGGUGGCGGCUCCAGUUCCGAGCGUACUACCAUCAUUAUCGCCGGCGGCGCUGGUGCUGGCACUGGUACUAGUGGAACGGGCUCCAGUGGCGGCGCGGGCUCCAGUGGCGGCGCGGGCACCAGUGGUGGCGCCUUUGGUGGCGCCGGUACCAGUGGCAGCCACUCCUCCUCAAGCCACACUACCAGCCACACCUCCAGCGUGAGUCACAGUGGCGGCCAGGGCUUUUGGACCAGCGGGACUGGCGGUUAUGUGGAUGCUGCUGCCCUUCACAUGGCCAUCCAGAGGAUGGUGAGAGGGGAAAUGCAGUCACAGGCAUUCCAAGCUUUUAUAACAGCGACAAUGCAAGGAGAAAGAGGACUGCCUGGACCUAAAGGUGACACUGGUCAUCCCGGAUUUCCAGGUGCUCCCGGUCCCAUUGGCCACGAGGGUCCUCAGGGUCCAAAGGGCCAGAAAGGAAGCCAUGGUGAACAUGGACUGGAGGGUCCUCCUGGUUUGAGAGGGCGAGAAGGGCCUCCUGGACCCAGGGGAGAACCAGGAUUUGGCUCCAAAGGUGAAAAAGGUAAUUCAGGGGAAUCUGGAGCCCCUGGUCAAAAAGGUGCUUCUGGGCUCCUUGGAGCACCAGGUCCUCAAGGUUUCCGUGGAGAAGCAGGGUCACCUGGACUUAAAGGUGAUCGUGGGUUACCUGGUCUUCCUGGACCAACUGGAGAAAUGGGACCCAAGGGAUCAGCAGGACAAGAUGGUUCAAAAGGUUCAAGAGGUGAUCUCGGAAGUCCUGGCCACCCUGGACUUCGAGGCCCAGCUGGGCCACCAGGAGAUGCUGGACCUCCAGGACUACCAGGCAAUCCAGGUCAACCAGGCCCUAAAGGUGAUACAGGUGAAGCUGGAAGAAUUAUUAACGCAGCCGGUGUUGCCACGGUACACAUCCCUGGACCACCUGGGCCUCGUGGACCACAGGGAGUAUCAGGUCCCAGUGGCCCUGCUGGUCCUAAAGGCGACAGAGGAGAAUCGGGACUGACAGUGAGGACGUCUGAGAGUUUCAGCUCCAGUGUAGCUGAAAGGCAGCUUGGUUCUGGUGGUGUGUCAUCCUUACCUGGCCCACCGGGUCCACCUGGGCCACCUGGGCCUCCAGGCCAGCCAGGUUAUGGAAGACCAGGACCUAAAGGUGACAAAGGAGAUUCUGUUGUUACAUCCAGCUCUGGAACUUUUUAUACUGGACCACCAGGACCACCUGGGCCUGCUGGGCAGAAAGGAUCCACAGGUUCUCCAGGACCGAGAGGCUACCAAGGUGAACCAGGACAACCCGGCUUACCAGGAAGACCAGGAAGUUUGGAGCGAGUAUCCACCUAUAGCGGGGAGCACAGAGUACAAGGACCCCCAGGCCCACCAGGACCUCCUGGACUUCCAGGACCACAGGGAGUCAAAGGUGACACCGGAACUCCUGGUUCUACUCGAGGUAAUUUAUCAGUUACAGCAGGGGCCCCAGGUCCCCCAGGACCACAAGGACCUCCCGGUCAGCCCGGUUCUUUCUCUUCCUCCAUCGAAAUGCGUCAAUACUUGACAGACUACCUAACAAGAAGCAGACAGUCCGGCGUUCCGGGACCUCCGGGUCCACCCGGGCCUCCUGGACAACCCGGAAGUUUCUCAGGUUCCAUAGAGGAGAUCUCUGCUCGUAUUGUAGCCUACUUGCAACGUUCCGGCUCAAGCUCAGGCAUUAGCAUCGGUGUUACGGGUCUCCCAGGACCUCCUGGUCCUCCUGGACCCGGAGGGGCCCUGACUGUCAGUGGUCUCAUUGCCAUGCUGCAGAGAGAUGACGUGAGGAGAUACCUGUCCGGCCCACCGGGUCCUCAAGGACCACCCGGGCCACCAGGAGGUUCAGGAGGGAUAUCUAGUGUUUACAGUAUCGAGGAGGUAGCGACAUAUGUCUUCAACAUAAUGAACGACAGAGGAAUUGCAAGAGGACCACCUGGACCACCAGGGCUCCCUGGGCCUCCAGGACAGGGCGGUUCGGGCGGCUCGGGCUACACAACAGUUUCAAUCGAUUACUCAGCGCUAAUUAGAAAUCCAGAGUUCCGUACGUGGAUGAGUUCCGCCCUGCACCAAGGUCCUCCAGGCCCCCCUGGUAGUCCUGGCCAACCAGGACCCCCUGGUCCUCAGGGACCGCCUGGGGUAUCCACCGCCACCGUAUUGGGGGCGGGUGGUCGCGGAUACAGCUUGGAGGAGCUUCAGCGUUACCUGCAGGGCUCUAGCUUCAGAGGUCUCCCAGGUCCUCCUGGACCUCCAGGCCCUCAAGGACCACCUGGUAGCUCCGGCGGCACCGUUACGUACAGCGGAUCAUUCCCUCGGGAGACCAUCCGUGCUGAAGUUCACGACUACCUGACCACUGACAGCGUCCGACGCGCCAUGACCGGACCACCGGGUCCUCCUGGGCCGAGGGGCCUUAAGGGAGAUCGUGGGGAGCCGGGUUACGUCCAAAGACACAGCAGCCACAGUCAUAGCUCGUCUCAAAGCGAUUCUCGCUUUGUCUCCCAGCAACAUGAGAUUGAUGUUAGCAAGCUGAGUGAGACCAUGGACUACAGCAGUGUCGCCUUGAAAGUCUCUGACUACAUCAAGAACCAAGGUCUCCUGCAGGACUACCUUGUGGAGGGCCCUUGGAGGACGCACGUAAGAGCAGUCCAAGGACCUCCCGGCCCCCCGGGACCCCCUGGCGCACCCGGUUACAGUCGGGUGAUAGCGGCCUACGGCAAUGUCACAGCUGACCUCAUGGACUUUUUCAGAACUCACGGCACCGUUCCCGGUCCUCCAGGAAUUGCUGGACCCAGAGGAGAGAGAGGCUACCCAGGACCCAAGGGAGAUAAGGGUGAUCCAGGACGUCCAGGGUUACCAGGGAUUCCAGGGUCGUACACCAUCCAAAUUCCACAUCGCGUACAAAAGAGAGACACAGGAAGAAAAGUAAUCAAGAGGGAACAGCUCGAAAGUCCUGCAGAUGGCGGCUGA